CCCCCCGGGGCUGUGCAUCGUCCUGGUGUCAGCCAGGACACGGUGAGCUCGACGUCUGCCUGGUGUGGGCAUCGGGGCAGGCUGGGCACAUCAACCAUGAGCGAGGCUCUCGACGGUGGCAGAGCUGUCCCUGCUGCUUGGUGGCUCCCACGGCCACCUCCUCUGCUUCGGGGACGAGUCCCGAGCCUCGUAGGGGCACAGUGGGGACAUGGGUGCAAUCCCAGCCCUGGCAGAGCCCGUGUCCCCAGGGAAUGUCUGACGGGUGCUGGCAACAGCAGAGGAAACCCUGAGACCGCCGUUAUGAAGGCUCAGUUUGGGGUUUCAAUCCAGUUCAUGGAAGAGCGUAGGGAGGAUCGGACUGAGUGGGGUUUGAGUAUGGGGAGGGAGUUCAGAGGAUGCUCAAAUGCUUCAGGUGCCGGGUUUAUCCAUGUGUGUAAGCGCUUUGGAGCCUUGGGAGCCCUGGCUGGAGCGGGCCCUGGCUGGGCUGGGUGCUGGCAGCAGAGCGUGGGCACGGGGCACAGAGUGGCUUUGGCAGUUUCCUGGGAUGGAGACAAGCAAGGGAUGAAGGAAAACACACCCGGGUGCAUGCAGCCCCCAGCACGUGUUCCUGAGCUGGCCUCCAGCUCAUCCUCCUCCGGCUCCAGGUCUCUGGCAGUCACUGGUGGCAGCGGGGGCUGCUCCUCGGGGGCUGAACACUCGUUUCCAGCCCUUUGGUUCAAUGGGGGUUCCAGCAUCUGGAGGGUCUGGUGUGAUGGGGAGCGUGUUGAGGUGUCCCCGUGAUUCUGAGGAGGACCAGGCGUGUGUGCCGGUCCCUCCGCCGACACCCAGAGCUGCUGGUGACACCAGGGCUCAGUGGGAUCCCCCGCACGGUGCCGGGGGUGUCACAGAGCCCUCAGCCACCACGGUGCAACCGCAGCGCUUUGUUAGGGGGCAGGAGCAAACGAUGAGCGCAGGCUGGGGUUUGCAGAGCCCUAAUCCCUUUCCCUUGUGUCUCUUUCAUCUCCAGUCGAACCAGGAGAGUUGUAAUAGACCUUCUUACUAAAUUAAAUGUAGAGGCUGCUCCUCCAAGGCACGUCUCAGUUCGAGCGUAGUGUUUGAUUUCCCAGCCACAGCAAUAUGGUGCCUCCAGGGAAAAAGCCAGCUGGGGAAACUUCCAAUUCCAAUAAAAAGUGUAAGCGCUAUUUCAAUGAGCACUGGAAGGAAGAAUUUACUUGGCUGGAGUUUGACUAUGAGAGGAAACUCAUGUUUUGCAUAGAGUGUCGGCAGGCGCUGGUGAAGAACAAGCACGGUAAAGCGGAGAACGCCUUUACCGUGGGCACGGACAACUUCCAGCGCCAUGCCCUGCUGCGGCACGUCACCUCCGGCGCCCACCGUCAGGCGCUGGCGGUGAACCGGGAGCAGCUGGCCUUCGAGACCCGCGUCCACCACGGCCACCCGGAGCUGCGCUCGGUCAUCAAGGUGGAGGUGAACCCGGCGAAGGUGGCCGUCCUCACCACUGUCUACUGGAUGGCGAAGGAGGAGAUCCCGGAGGAGAAGUGCUCCUCCCUGCUGGACUUCCAGAAGUUCAACCUGUGCCAGGCGCUGCUGGCCUCCGAGCACAGCGAGUUCUACCACCCCAGCAGCAUCAGGGAGAUGCAGGCAGCCAUCGCCAAAGUCCUGCACAACGAGCACAGGCACAGGAUCAAAGCCUCGCCGUUUGUCGGGCUGGUGGUGGACGAGACGGUGGACGUCCUGGAGCACCGCAGCCUGGCCGUGUUCACCACCACCGUCUCCCCCUGCAGCGGGCAGACCUCCGCCACCUUCUUGGGGAGCUUCGAGCUGCCCGCCGGGGAGGCCUCCACGGUGGCGGGCAAGGUGGGCGAGGUGAUGCGCUCCUUCGGCAUCCCCACCAUGAAGAUCACCUGGCUCAGCGCCGACAGCGCCUCGCUGGUGGCCGAGCGGCUGAGCGGGGUGGGGACCGCCUUGACCUCCCUCUGCCCGCUCCUCAUGGAGAUGCACUGCCUGUCCCACGGCAGGUCCCUGCUGCCAGCCGAGAGCAUCGUCAGCAUUGAAUACCUCCAGAAAUACGAGACCACUGUGGACGCCGUGUACAGGCUCUACUCCAGCUUCAGGGGGGAAAGCAACGGCCUGCAGGAGCUGCGGAGUGUCCUGGACCUCUGUGAGAUAGACCUUGGGAGCCCCAAAGCCAUCCACUGGACUUCUAUUUUCCCAGCUGUGGAAGCCAUCGAUUCCUCGUGGCCCACGCUGGUGCUGCUGCUGGAGAGCGAGGCAGAGCGGUCACCGGUGGCCCAUGGCCUCUGCGAAGAGCUCAAGAAGUUCCAGUUUGUGGCCUUCACCAAGAUCCUCCUGGAUGUCCUCCCCAUCUUCCAGAAACUCAGCCGCUUCUUCCAGAUUGAGGACUUUGACCUCUCCAUCCUGAAGCCCAUCGUCUCUGCCACGGCCACCACCCUGCAGGCCCAGAAGAGCACCAGUGGCCAGAACCUUCAGGAGUUCCUCAACGAGAUGAAUGAGCACCCGCGGGAUGACCGGGAGGGCGAGAGCCGUCUCUACUACAAGGGCGUUGAGUUGGCCAACUGCUCCAAGGUGCACCUGAAGCACUUUGAGCACCUGAAGGAGAGCUACCUGGAGAGCGUGCGGGGCAACCUGCUGGACAGGUUCCCCAGCAGCGUCCUGGAGGCCAUCAGCUCCUUCUCUGCCAUCUUCAACCCCAAGUGCUACCCCCAGUCUUUGGAGGACAUUGGCAGCUAUGGGGUCAGUGAGUUGAAUUUCCUCCUGCAGGCCUACUCCCGGGUGGUGGUGAGCGAGAGGGCCCUGAGCGAUUUCCCCCUCUUCAAGCGGAUCGUCUUCAGCCUCAGCCAGCUCUCCUUCAAGGACCUCUGCGUCAAGCUGGUCUACAGCAACUCUGAGAUGCAUGAGCUCUUCCCGGACUUUGCUGCCCUCGCAGCCAUCGCCCUGGCCUUGCCGUUGGGCUCGGUCCUUGCUGAGAAGAUCAGCCGAGGCCGGGAGCUGCUGAAGCGUGGACGGUCACACCAUGCAAAGGACGAGGGGCUCUCUGACCUCAUGAAGAUUGCCAUCGACGGGCCGGCCAUCAGCGAGUUUGACUUUGCGUUGGCCAUCGAGUACUACGAGAGCAUGAGGGAGUCGGGCUUCAUUGUGGCGCAGGUGAAGUGAGCGGUGGCCGGUGAAGGCAGAGCCCUGCGGGCAGGGAGCCAGGUCCUGUGGGCACCUCCAAGGCCCCACUUGAUGCCACCUUUCCCCUUCACUGGUCACCGCUGAGGCCGGGUGGCCGCUGGUGCAUGAUGACCUGCUCCACGCUGGGAAGAGGAAAUAGGAUCCUUCACGAAGCCAUGCUGGUCCCACAACCAUCCCUCCCUCCUCCCCCAAACGUCUGUCUGAAUUGGCCGUUAGUUUAAAAUCUUGGGGCCACCUGAAAUCCCACAUCCCAAUGAGGUUUGUUUUCAAGGGUUUGUUGUUAUUUUGGUUUUGGGAGAGGAAGGCAAAUCUUCUCUUGAGCUCAAACAUCACGUUGCCUUUGCACAAUUAUACCCAGCAGCUUUUCCUUAAUACUCUGCAAAAAUAUCUGAUUUUUUUGUUGGUUUGGAGCCUCGAGAACGAAUGCAGAAGAGGCGGUGCAUCUUUCUAGCUCGGUGGCAAACCCUGAAAUGCCUGGCGGUGUCUUGUUGGUGUUCUGUGCACACAGCACAGGGUAUUUUUAGCAGUGGCAUCAAGUCAUGAUCAUUUCAAGAGCAAGAGAUUUAGAGAAUGACACUGUAAUCAAUGAGGAAAUAGUAACUUUAAAAUGCAUCAUUGUGUAUAUAUGUGUAUGUGUGUAUAUAUAUAAAUAUAUAUAUAACUAUAUAUAUAUUAAAAAGGUCUAUCUUAAUUUUCCUAGUGUUUAAAGAUAUCUAAAAGGACUUUUUUUUUUGCA